AAACACAGACACAUGUUACAUCAAUGUUACCGGGGAGACCUCCUCUUUACUAUCAUAGUGUCCAUUUAACUAUAAUUUAAACAUAGUUUGCGCAAGAACGGCCUAAACAUGCCAUGUCGAAGAUCACUAAAUCAGACCAUCCCAAGAGUAUGUGCAUAUUAUGAUCGAGAGGAUUAAACCUGCGACCGGAGCUUAGUUUGUGAUGUUAGCCGGCUCCUAGCACAAGCCACAACAGAGCCAUGAUGUCCAGAAGGAGAAGAAGAAUCAAGCCUGUAGAUGAUGCAAUGACAUAUAUUCUGUCUUGCACUGACAAGUCUGGAUUUAUGUCAAGACUCGUCGACAGUUACAAAGGUGACAGACCCUCAGACUCCUGCAGCAGCAGCAGUAGAGACAGAGCAUCUGCACAUCAGAUGCUCCACAAGGAAUCAAAGCCAGAUGAGACUCAACCACAGGUGACAGACCCUCAGACUCCUGCAGUAGAGACAGAGACCAGCCCUGUACAUCAGAUGCUCCACAAGGAAUCAAAGCCAGAUGAGACUCAACCACAGGUUUUUACUGUCCAAGGGUUUUCGCUCGUUGAUUAUUCAGAAAGUGAUGAAACUGAUGAGGACUUUAUGGAGAACCAAAGUCCCACUCCACACCGUGAUGUUCUCAGGAAGAUAACAGAAAACACUCUGUGGGAUAGAGUUCAAGAUUUUGCUGGGUGUCUCUACGAUUCAGAUGACGACAUCACAGAGGGCACUUCCAUUUCUAAGCCUGAAAGGGAUUCACCGAGGCCGAGAAGAAGCUCUUGCCACCCUACGUCAGUCUACCAGGAGAACAGAGGUCAGAAGAUGAGGAGAGCAUGUCAUCCCUGCAAGAAUGUACCUCCACAUCACAUGUCCAAAGCCAGGCAGCGUCUUCAACAGAUGUCAGUAUGCCAGAACAACAGUGGUCAGAAGAUGAGGUCAGCAUGUCAUCCCUGCAAGGAUGUACCUCCACAUCACAAGUCCAAAAAAAGAGUGUGUCCGCAAGAAAGAGAGGUAAGCAAGCUGCUGUACAGCGUUGGACAACAGAGGAGAUUGCUGCAGUAGAAAAACAUCUGAAGAAGUUCAUUGUGAGGCAAGAUGAUCCAGGUAAAGCGACUUGUGAGCGCUGCAUUUCUGCAGAACCGCAAGCACUGCAAAAAAGAGACUGGAAAGCAGUCAAGUAUUUAAUCAAAAAUAGAAUAACUGCCAUGAGAAGAAAAUUGUAAUGAAAGCAGUUCACUGAUCGGGAGUAUGGACACGUUUUCAGUUUGCACUCUAACACUUUUUUGUUCAAGGUCUGUUUUGUUGUAUUGUUUCCACCUGUCUCUAUAACGCAUUAUAAAUAUAGUUAUAAUGACCUUAUAGCACUGUACACAUAUAGUUAUAAACACUCAUAAAUUAUUAGAAUGCUUUAUAACAAUCAUAACAGUUAUUAUUGUUAUAUAGCAUUAAGAUCAUUUAUGAGUGUUUCUAUAGUUAUACAGUGCUAUAACCUCAUUAUAAAUAUUUUUAUAAUGACGUUAUAGAGAUACGUGUUAAACAAAGUGUUACUCAAAGGGUUACCACUUUUUUUGUUUUGUGUAAAGCGCAGUCUGAUCAUUGACCUGUUGGCAAAAUAAAUACAUGCUCCUCA